AUGUCUGAACGCGCAGCGUCUGAAGCUGUACCGGAGACAUCGCCGAGACCCGGUUUCACCCGAGGCGGUUUCGCGCCCAUCCCCCACCGACACCCGGAUAUCCCACCAGCGCCUGUUGAAGCAGCCUCGAACGCUGCGCUCUCGCCCAAGAUUGACCGGGAGGACUGGGAGCGCGGUAGGGGCAGGAGGGAGAGAGAGUUGCCGAGGAGGGAGCUGGAUCAUGAGCGUGAAGAGAGGGAGGGUGGGAGAGGUGGGAGGAGGGAUUGGGAUGAUUUGCCGCCGAGAAGGGGGAGCUGGGAUGAUGAUUAUGACCGCCCUAAACGUCGAAGAUCACCUUCACCUCCCAACCUCCCACACCGCCGCCCCCGCCUAGCUUCUCCUUCCCCACCUCCCCCCCACCACCGCUACCUCCCGGACCCCGCCUCCAUCGAGACCCUCCUCCCUUUCCGCGCUUUCGCCGAGUGGUUCCGCUCUUCCCACCCGCAAACUGCAAGGCAGGACGAAGAAGAGACAAGGCUCCAUCUGGAGCGGAUCGAUCGUGGGGAAGUGAAAGGCGAAGAGGGGAAGGAGAAGGUUGGGAUGGCGAAGCGGUAUGAGCGGUACAGGCGGGAGUUUACGAGCCGCCAGCUUUAUGCGCUGUUUUUGACGCAUCGGGAUUCGGUGUGGUUCAAAGAAAAGUACUUGCACUACCCCGAACAUGCCGCCCUUCGCCGCCGAGUCAACCGCCAAGGCCGUGUGCCGCUUGUCGAGUCAUACAUCACUGCCCUCCGUUCUGGCGCUAGGGAUGACGUCAACUACGACCCCGAUGGAAAUGGGCUCCAGUUGGACGGUGUCAAGGUCGAUGUGGAAGAAGGGUCUGGCAUGGGCAAAGUCCUGGAGAAUAAGUCGGAUUGGGGAGAGGAGGAAAGCGUCAAAGCCGAGAUUCAACCCAAGACGAAGCAGAUCUUCUUGAAGACUGUGCCCCCUGGUACGAGCCGCAAGUCGCUGGAAGAAUUGUUUGGGAGGGUACCGGGCUUUUUGUGGUUGGCGCUGAGUGAUGUUUCUGUAAAGAGGAGUUUUCAUAGGGUCGCUUGGGCGCAGUAUGCCGAGUCGACGGAUGUGUCGGAGGUUAUUGACAAGCUUGAAGGAUCCAAGCUCGACAACUUUGCGUUCCACAUGAACAUCAACGUGACCCCCACCGUGGGUCGUAUCCGCGUAGCACCCCCCGCCGUCAACUCGCUCGAAAAGCUGCUUCAUGAUGGCGAGACUGCCAAGCGCUUUGCCCUCCGCUUGGAAGAAGAGCUCGUGGGAGACGAAGAAGAGGAAGAGAAGAAGGAAGGGGAUGAAAAGGACGGGAAGGGUGAGGAAGAGCAGAAGGGGAAGAAGGAUGUUGCCGGGGGGAAGGGGCUGACCGAGCGUGGGAGUGAUGUGGUGGAAGAGGUUAUUGUGAGGGUGUUGGAGUUGAAGGGGUUGCAAGCCAAAAUCAUCCUCGACCACUGGAUCUCGUACCUCCGAAACGGUCUCUCGACUUGCUUCUAUUGCGUUUGCCCGGCGUCUUUCCCGGAGGAGCUGCACCGCAAGUGUGUGGGGCAUAUCCGGUCGCAUCUCGAUCUCGAUCCCUCGCCAAAGGCGGAGGAGAAUGGGCACGAGGAGGGUGGGGAUGUGAAAGAGGAGGGUGGGGAGAAGAUUGAGGUGGAUGUGAAGGUGGAGGUCAAGGAGGAGGUGAAGGAAGAAAAGGAGGAGGUGAAGGAAGAGAAGGAGGAUGUCAAGGAGGGGGAUGAGGAUCGCGAGAUGCGCGAUGCCGAGAAUCCUUCCACAUCCAACCCCGCCCGUCCUUCGGACUCUCACGACCGCUGGGAGAAGGACAAAUUCGACAAGUCCCAAUCCCGCUCCAAACGUCACUUUCCCCAAAAGACGGCUUCCGAAAAAUGGCUCGAAUCUCACGCUCACCGCCUCUUCCCGCUCAUCUCUUCCGACGUCCAUCUGGCAGACUAUGGGGGUAGGGAUGUGGAGGAGGAGACAAAGAAGAUUUGUGCGCCGUUGAUCAAGCAGGAGGAGGAGAGCAAGUAUCGGUGUAAGGAGUGUAACAAGCUCUUCAAGGCGCCAGAGUUUGUGAUGAAGCAUGUGACGAGCAAGCACCCGGAGAUUACGGAAAGGAGAAUUGACGAUGUGUUGUACCUCAACAACUAUGUGCUGGAUCCCCAACAUCUCCAACCCAACGUCUCUUCCCUCGCUGCCGUCAACGACAAACUUCCCACCGGCCUCCCCCACCACUCUUCCUCCUCCCUCCCCCUCCCCGUCUACCCCGACUCGAUCGCUCAACCUUCUUCUCUCCCCAACAUGCCGCCGCACAUGAACCCGAACGGCACGCAUCAAGGCCACGGGCAAUUCAACGUCAUGCAGCAGCAGAUGAUGAUGAUGAUGCAGAUGCAGAUGCAGCAGGCGAUGAUGAUGGGGAUGGGCGGGAUGGUGCCGAGUCCCGGGGGGCCGGGGGGGCAUGAGCAUGGGCAUGGGCAUGGGCAUGGAGGGCAGGGAGAUCGAGGGGGGAUGCCAGGGAGGGGAGGAGGGGGAGGGUACGGGGCGCCGGUGAAUGCUGUGCCGUUACCGCCGCCCCCGCCUGGAGGAGAGGAUCCGAGGGCAAAGAGGGGGAGAGUGAGUUAUCAGGAUCUGGAUGAGCCCGGCGCGGGUGGAGGCGGGGGUUUGCCGUAUUAG